AUCGAAUACAGCGAAUAUGGGACUUGGAAUGAGCACUUACCCACCACAGGGAGGAGGCGGCAGGCGCUGGAUACUAGGGGAGAAGUUCGACACUGUCGCUCCGCACAAGGGGUCCAUCAAGCUGCUGUGGGAGACGAAAUGGAGAGCUGCAUGCGAGAAAUCAAUUUACCCCUUCUACGAUGGGAAACUGGAGGACUUUGAGCCGAUCUUCCAGACUCUUAUCGCCGAAAACAUAAACGACGCGUACUCAGACUCAUACACGGAAAGAUUCUUCCCCAUCGCGAAGUCCCUCGAGCAAGAAGCUUCGAUGGCAUUCUAUAACGGCGACAGCGAAACAGCAUCCGAUCUUCUGCGGCGCGCAGCAGUCGUGUACCGCAUCUCGCGCUUCCCAUACGUCAGCCCCGACGAUAAAGAAACAAAUAUCAAAAGAAAGGCAUUCACCAGACAGAAAGCCGCAUACCUAACUGCCACAUCCGUCUGGAAGAAUCCACUAACUGAGCAUGUUGUACCGCAUACCCACCGCGCUGGUCGAGACGGGCCCCGUAUCCCUGUCUACAUACGUCUUCCGGAAAACACCAGCCCUGGAAGUCACAAUCCCGUCCCGGUUGUUCUUAUCAUGACAGGGCUGGACGAGUACAGACCCGAUAACAGCCAGCGGACGCACGAGAUCACCGCACGUGGAUGGGGCGUGGUGGUUGCUGAAAUCCCCGGGACGGCUGAUUCCCCUGCUGACCCCGCGGACCCUGAAUCCGCGGAUCGGCUGUGGAGUAGUAUUCUGGAGUACAUGCGGUCGCUGGGCGCGUUUGAUAUGACGAAGAUUGUUGUUUGGGGGUUGAGUGCUGGUGGGUAUUAUGCUGUUCGGGCUGCGCAUACGCACCGGGGAAAGCUGAAGGGGUGUAUUGCGCAUGGGCCCGGGACGCAUUAUUUUCUGGAUGAGGAGUGGUUGGCGAGGGUUGAGAAUCAUGAGUAUCCGUUUCCGAUCAUCCGCGCUUGGGCGAAGAAGUAUGGCUAUGAGGACCCUGCUGAAUUCUGCAAGGAGGCGAGGAAGAAGUUCUCUCUUCUUGGGGCGGGGAUUCUGGACUUGCCUUCUACAAGGCUGCUGCUUUUGAAUGGUAUCGAUGAUGGGGUAACGCCUAUUGAAGACUGCUAUCUGCUGUUUAGCUAUGGGAGCCCUAAGGAGGGAAGUAGGUUCUUUCCUGGCCUUCCCCAUAUGGGAUGUCCAGCCAGUCUCGGGGCAGCGUACAAGUGGCUAGAAGACGUGCUGGGAUGUGAUUAUGUGAAGAACUGAUGGUCACAUCUUUUAGUAGCAUUUGCAAUUAUCUUAAUAUACUUUGAUAUCAUAUCCCGGAAUCGUCCUGAUGAUAUACAGAAUCCUUAUGAUACUCACCCCACUUGUCACAGACGCUCUCAAACUCAUCCACCAUCGGCUCAAUCAGCGUCCCAAUCUCCGACUCGCGCUCAACGAACUGCAGUGCGAGACUCUGACUCGCAUGCCAUGCAAUAUGGCAAUGCAUCAGCCAGGAGCUUGAUACGUUAGCUUGUCCAUAAAAGUGGAUGCUGACUUACCCUGGAUUGUCAGUUUCAAAUGCAAUGACAAGAUACCCCGACCCAGCCAUCGUGGCGGUGUCCCUUCGAGGGGGAUUAUCGAGGUUUAGCUUUACCAGGGGUGUAUACAGUCCCAGUCCCUCCGCCAGAAUGAAGAAGUCGUGUCCGUGGAGGUGGAAUGGGUGGUAGGCGUUGACAAGGCCGACGUCCUGAAUCACCCAG